AUGUGGGGCCCCACCACUAGACUCUACAUCCUCAGAGGUUUCGUACCUCAGCAAUCGAGUCGCCAAAUAUAUUCUUCGGCUCCGCGCCAGAUCCAACGUCAGAAUCACGCCCAAGGCAUCGAGAGCAAGGUCGCAGAGUUCUACGAGCGACAUCGCGGUCGAAGGAUUGGAAAAUGGAUAGUUCCCGAGUUGAUUGACCUGGUAAAAUCCACACACGAAAGCGAUCAGCGUUUGGGACUCGAGGAAAAGCUCGCCAUUACCAACAAAAGGCUUGAUGCUCUCACCAUAGCCGACACCGAAAUCAGUAAAAAGCUUGAGGCUCUGGCCAUGAUGAUUGAAGACAUGCUUACUGCCGAUGCGAGAAGAGACCAACACAUUGCAACAUUGAACACGGAGAUCGCGACGUUGACCUCAAAGAUUGCGACGUUGGCUGAUAUCGUCGUCUCAAUCGCAGAGCCGCUUGUUGUCAAAGCAGCGCUCACAACAUUCAAUGUUGCGAGCAUCAUACAGGCAGCGGCAAAAGACCCAACGACAUUCCAUUCGAAUCUUGUCUUCCUCCAUUCAUCGGGACUGAUCACUCGUGGAAUUUUGCAACAAGAUCAAGUCCCCCAGACUGUCGAGGGAUGCAUAAAACUUGCAAGCGAUUUGUUGCUCCCACCUGCGAUCAUAAAGGAACCAACACGAGUUUUAUCCAACCAGCAGAUGUUGGAUGUGUUCAAACUGAUUGUGCGAGAGGGAAGCCUGAAGCAAAUCCGGGAUACUUCCGCGCACCAACAGCAGCUCAGCACUUUCUGCAACCUAGUCCGACUGCGUCAUGAGAGUGGUCCCAAGGUAAUCAGCAGUGUUAUGAAUGCUCAUUGGGACCGAGCGGAAUGGCUCUGGUUGGGGUUGUGGGGCAAGGCCUCUCACACAUUUUCUGCACAUCAGCAGCAGUAUUCGGAGGAAGAUUAUGAUCUGACACAGCUUGGGCUGCUGUCACCAAUAAUCCUCAAUAUUAGUGAGAUUUCUUAA